CUUAGAUAUUGUAUCAACAAGGAAUGUGUACAGAUUGUGAUGUCUCAGAGAGCUAUACCACAGAGUAAAGAGGCCCUGCUCAAAUCCUAUACUCUACGACUCAAGGAGGAUGUUAAAUCUAUGCUAGAUAAUUUCACCGAAGUCAUAAAGCUUGCUAGGGUAGAAGAGGAGAGUCAGUUAAGCCGAGCCACACAAGCUGAACAAGAUCAGUAUGAGAUGCAAGUUCGAGCAGCAAAUAUUGUAAGAGCUGGUGAAUCGUUGAUGAAACUUGUCUCUGACCUCAAAAUUUUCCUUAUAUUGAAUGACUUCCCAUCGGUGAACGAGUCAAUCACAAAUAAAACAACACUUUACAAACAUAUGCAGAAUGAGCUGGAUGCUAAGUUACUCAGCUUGAGGGAUGAACUUGCCAAUGACCUUUAUGAGCUAGAAGACGAAUACUAUUCAUCAGUCUAUAAAUAGAUCUGUCUAUAAAUAGAUUUGUCUAUAAAUAGAUUUAAUUCAUGGUGUAGUGCUGGAAACAAUUUCUUAUUUAUAUUGUGUUCUUUAACUCCAGUUCAUUUACUUAAGGAUUUAAAA